UAAUAUUACAAUCAAGGACCCAACAAAUGCAACGAUAACAACAACCAUUGAAAGGACCGAAAAGAAACGAGGCAGUAAGUGCUUCUUUCGUAUGAGUGGAACUAUUUUUAGAUUGUUAGAGUUUCAUUCUGGAGUUGACCGUCAAUUUGGAUCAAAUUAUGAGAAG